UUCUCUGCAGGACUAACUCAAUCAAGAAUAAAUAUUUUUUGAUCAUGAGUAAUAUCACCACCAACUGUUCCAUACCAAUAACUUUAAAAUCCUUCAUCUAUUUAGCCCAAGCAUCUUUGCAUGUUAAAGACAAAAGUGAUCUUCUACAAAUGCGGCUAUUCGGCAUGGAUAGCCUCAGCUACCUGCAGCACCUCUCAUGGCUCCUCCGUGGGUUCAAGAGCUCCAUUUCCCUCACCUCCACAUCCCCAUUACCAUUGAUCAUAUGGUCCCAGUCAUGCCCUCAGGGCCUGCUCCCACCGCUCCCGGCCAAAGUCUUUACCUUUCGAACCUCGAUGAUGUGGUUGGAGCCCGUGUUUUCACUCCCACAGUAUAUUUUUAUGCCUCAGAUAACUGGAGACCGGUUAUGAAAACACUCCGUGAUGCUCUUGCCAGUGUGUUGGUUCCUUAUUACCCUUUAUCGGGUAGGCUGAGAGAGACCAACAAUGGAAAGCUAGAGGUGUUUUUCGGGCAAGACCAAGGAGCUCUCAUGGUGGAGGCUCACUCUGAAAUGUCCUUGUCCGAUCUCGGAGACCUCAAAGUGCCAAACCCAGCAUGGUCACCGUUGAUUUUUAGGUUCCCAAAUGAAGAGCCAUACAAAGUGCUCGACAUGCCAUUGGUGAUAGCUCAGGUGACCCUUUUCAGCUGCGGUGGGUUUAGCCUCGGCCUGAGAAUCUGCCACUGCAUUGUUGAUGGGCUUGGUGCUAUGCAAUUUCUCAGCUCAUGGGCUGCCACAGCCAAAGCAGGUACACUGAUCACAAACCCUAAGCCAUGCUGGGACAGGGACUUUUUCAGGCCUCGCGAUCCACCGCUGAUGAAAUUCCCACAUAUUGAGUUCAUGAGAAUCGAGGACGGGUCAAGCCUAACAAUGAGCCUCUGGCAAACCAAAGCUGUUCAAAAAUGCUACAGAAUAAGCCGCGAGUUCCAGGCCUGGUUGAAAACUUUGGCUCAAUCAGAAGAUGAUAUGUCCAAUAUUACAUGCAGCACAUUUGAUGCGAUGGCUGCUCAUAUAUGGAGAUCAUGGGUGAAAGCACUUGAUGUAAAACCAUUGAACUAUGAGCUCAGGCUAACCUUCUCAGUCAAUGCCCGCCAGAAGCUCAAAAACCCGCCAUUGAAAGAAGGUUUUUAUGGGAAUGUGGUGUGCUUGGCUUGUGUCAUAAGCACUGUGAGAAAGCUUGUGUAUGGAAGGUUCCCGGACACGGCGCGGUUGGUUCGUGAAGCCCGGCUUGGCAUCUCGGAAGAGUAUCUGAGGUCUACGGUGGAUUAUGUUGAAGUGGACAGGCCAAGGAGGCUGGAGUUUGGAGGCAAAUUGACAAUAACUCAAUGGACUAGAUUUUCAAUAUAUGAUUCUGCGGAUUUUGGAUGGGGCAGGCCAAUGUAUGCUGGCCCUAUAGAUCUCACUCCCACACCGCAAGUUUGUGUUUUUCUGCCGGAAGCGGAGGCUGAUCCUAGUGGGACAAUGCUUGUGUGUAUUUGCUUGCCGGAAUCUGCCACAAAAAGCUUCACGGACCUUUUGUCUCUUGCAGAGAACGGUGAACAAAGUGCUAGCUAAAUGAAGCUACCACAUUGUCAUGAUUUAUGAGGCAGAAAUUGAUCAUCAAUUACUAGGGACAAUUGAAUCGCAUUGUGUCCAACUAUACAUGAGCUACUUUUCGCGAAAUUUUUUAAAUUGUGACGGAAAUUGUCACA